GAUUGAAUUAUUUCUAACCAAACAAUAAUCAAUUUUGCUUGGCUGCAUGUGUAUACUGGGAAUAACCGUAACCAGUUUGAUACUAUCUUAUCGAAAAUGGUAGAACGAAAAUGGUAGAAAUACGAAGUUGAUUAUUCAAAAUAGAUUCAUUUGCAGGUAGCAGGAUUAGUAUGCUCGUUUAUAAGUGCACUUUAUUAGCAUUUCAAGGUCUUGUUUUUCCUCUUGCUUCCAAAUGGUCCGUCUUCGUGUUAUAAAAACAAAAUUCGACUGUGCGAACUGCAGACACUUCCUCGCGUAGUGUUUUUCAUGGGAUCUCUCACAAUGCCGAGCGUUCAGACUUCGCUAUCGAUAUCUUCAUUCGAGCACAUCACGGCGGUACAAGUACCAGUUAUUGGUGGUAGUAUGUCAUUGAUUUGUGUGGACACAAGGGACGAUCAGACAAAUAAUAAAGACAAGGGCUGGGCUUGGGUAGUCUGCGUUGGUUCGUCUCUAAUGAUGUUUUUUACAUUCGGCACUCAUACAUGUUUUGGAGUGCUACUUAACGCUUUGCUUGAUCACUUCCAAGAAACCAAGGCAAGAACAGCGUGGGUAGGAUCAAUAAGCGUCAAUCUUCUGUUCGUCUUCAGUCCAAUUACAAGUCGACUCGCAGAACGCUAUGGCGUUCGUGCAGUAACGAUCGCGGGUGGAAUCCUCAUAACAUUUGGUCUAUUCCUGUCCGCAUACGCUCCAAGUUUACUUAUUAUGUACUUGACUUAUGGUUUGCUGUUUGGAAUUGGAACAAGUCUUUGUGGCACUAUGGCCCAAGUGAUAACAGUUGACUACUUCGAUAAACAUUUAUCACUCGCCACUGGGAUUGUCGCAUCGGGGAGCAGUGUUGGAACACUAGUCCUUGCUCCUUUCCUUCAAUUCUUGUUGGAACGAUACAAGUGGCAAUCUAUUUUCAAGCUUAUGGCAGGGAUUGGUAUUUUGCUUUCAAUAAUUGGGCUGAUUUUCAAACCAGUCAAAGAUCAGAAUGAGGAGUCUUUGGUCCGUCGACGUCAAAGUGUGGAUUAUGGGGCAUGUUCCAUGUCAGGUGUACCGUGCAAUAGAUUUGGAUUAUUUGAUUGUGGUAUUUUUAAGAACAAAGCGUUUAUUCUUUGGGUCAUAGCAACUUGUUCAGCUGGUUUUGGAUAUUUUAUCCCGCACUUUUUUUUGAUCCAGUUUUCAGAAGAAAUAGGAAUUCCAAGAUCUCAAGGAAGCUGGCUCAUAUCAUAUCUCGGCAUCUCGUCGACAAUUGGUCGUAUACUUUUCGGCAAACUUUCGGACGUUUGCUGUAUAAGGAACUUGCCAAUCUAUCGCUUAUGUAUGCUUAUGAUCGGUCUCGCCUCGACACUUUGUCCUUUUGCGAAAAGCUACGAAGCAUUAGUAGCUUAUGUCAUUGUCCUUGGACUUCUUGAUGGUUCAUAUAUUGGUUUAAUGUCGAUAGUAACGUUAGAAAUUGUUAAAAUUAACAACAUUAUUCGUGCUUGGGGUAUCUUGUACUUCUGUCAAUCAUUUACCUACCUUCUGGGCCCGCCGACAGCUGGUAUGAUGUACGAUUAUUUCAAGUCUUAUAAGUCGGUGUUUUAUCUCGCUGGCGCCUCCAUGAUAUUUGGAGCAAUAGUCCUUCUUUUUGUACCAUGUUGCACCCCAACGAACAUACAACAAAUGGCAAAUAUUACUCUGGCUACCCCUAACGGGACGCCCAUUCGAACCCCUGAUAUCAUCAUCACUGAUGUCAAUAAUAAUUCUCAGCUCUUGGUUGUUGAAAAACUGACGUCAUUAUGAAUGAACCCCGGCAGGCAAACGAUUGCGGUUUUCACGAUGAAAAUGCGCGUUGGCUCAGUGGCCGAUCCAGCUUGCGGAUGAAGGGGCCUUUUUAACACCUCAUGAAUGAGAUCACCUUUUAUAGGCUCCCUUAUUAUGACCAUUUUUGUGGAGAGGCCCCUAUCCUAGAAAUCCCUGGACCACUGCCGUUGAAGUUAUCAACAUGUUGGCCCUUAUCGAUGUCAGGUCAUGUAACAAAGUUGUGUUUCUUUGACAUUAUAGAAUUCGGGUGGUGUUUGUAUAAUAAAAAAGUUCGAACUACAUUUGUUUCUUUCUUU